AUGAGUUCAAUUUUUGCGGGAUAUAUGAAAGAGCUGAUAGGAGCAGCUAGCAGAAGCGGAGAAUGUCGCGACACGGACUCGAGGAGUCUAAGAAUAUGUGAGUUGUCACGAGACAAGAAGGAGAAGUUUGAAAAUGUGUACGAAUGGGAUUAUGAACACCACGGAAGAUACCAAAACGUAUCCAACGCAAAGGGCGUCUAUUCCCUGAGCAGGAGCAUAUGUCUGGAUAUAGAAAGGUGGAUAAGUGUAUUAGAAAUAAAUCGAACGAGCAAGAAGCCGUAUUCUUUGAGUGGGUGUGCAUAUACCGAUUAUAGAAAAGCAAAGGAGAAGGAUGAGGAGGGAAGAAAGUGUAUUCCAGAAAGAAAGAAGGUGGAAUGGGAAAGGUUCAGGAGUCAGAGAGAAAUACAACUAUGGGGAGCCGAGGCAAGAGCACUAGUCGCUUGUAUGGAUAUCGUCAAGAUAAUUCUGUUAGAGCUGGGUCUGACUGUUACAGGGAAAGAGGUGAUUGACGACCAGAGCGAGACGACAAAUUAUUGUCAGAAAAUAUAUGAGGGCUUAAGAGCUUGGGGUGGGGAGGAAAUUGCAAGAAAAAUAAUGUCUCAAUGGACCUUAACAACAGGCAGCAAAGAGGGAGGGCAGCCUGAGUACAUUUUACCAGGGAGGGAUCUGUAUGAGAUAGUGACUGAGAGUGUCUCUGGUUUGGAUAAGGGGGAUAAAUCCUUACGAUGUGAUUGGCAAGAACAGGAAGCAACAGACAAAGGAGGUGAGGGGGGUGAGUAUAAAACUUCAGUAGCAGAGGAUCAGGGGGGGGCGCCACGUUCUGAAGUGCUUACGAAGAUCCUGACAGCUUUCAGGGACGAGGGAGAGUUGAGUAAAAGGACCCAGGUGAGGAAAAGGAAGAGACUAACUCCUGGAGGAGGAUAUCUCAGGGGAGCCUUACAUCAGUUGGGGGCAACCCGGAGCAGAGAGGCGAGUGAAGGUACACAUAUAACCCACUGUGGUGUUUAA